CGGUCUUGGGUGGCGAAGCUCUCCCUACGCCCGCGUGACAGCACUUGAUGAUCAACUGGUGCUGUAGGAAUGUCAAUGACGGCGAUCUGUCUACCACCGAGGAAUGGACAUCGGUCCUCGCGCUUGCCACGAAGUGGGAGUUCACGGACUAUCGCUUGCUCGCUAUCUCGCGGCUCGCUCAACUCGCCUCCCCGGUCGACCGCAUUCUCCUCGGGCGCAGCUACGACAUAGCGGAGUGGAUCACUACGGCGUAUCUGGAACUCUGUAAGCGUGAUGAUGCGCUCACGUACGAGGAAGGACAACGUCUGGGGAUGCACGACGUUAUCCUGCUGUCCGACAUCAGGCAGGGCAUCCGGGGAAACCGGGUGACAAUGCCGGACAAGAAUGUCUCCAUCCUAAUCGACAAGAGACUGGUGUAGGCUGGACCUGUGACUACAAGGGUGGGAGGCCACUCUUGAUGCGCGACGUACGGUGGGACAAUCGUCGUGUUACAAUGACAAGUUUCUGUUCUCUGCUCUCUCUGCUAUCCUUGUCUGGUGUCUGCUGUGAUAUCUGCUAUCUACUGCUGUCGUGUGUACUACCAUCUAUCGUCUCCAUAUCUUGAUUCUUCCGUGACAUCUUGCAUGCCGUC